CAAAGACAUCAUCUACAAGUUUGUUCCGAAGAAUUAAUCCAAGAAAUACAUAUCUGAACGGUAGGAACCGGAGAUUUAAUUUUGACCUUCAUAUCGGAAUGGAAAACAGCACUAACUCUUCACUGACUGAGAGCUCUCAGGGAGACAGUUUUGAAUUAAGACUCACAAAGGCCACAAUUUGCAUGUUUGUUCUUGUCGCGUCCUUAAUUGAAAACAGUUUGGUGCUAGUGAUUCUUAAAAAGAACUAUCGAAGCCGUGUGAGAACAGCUAACGGCUUUUUCAUCGCGAACAUGUCAGUGGCCGACAUUCUGUUCGCCCUACAGAACACGCCCCAUGCUUACAACAACUAUUUGCUAAAAGAACGUUGGAAUCUUCAAGGAUGGAUUGGAAUCGCUUUAUGCAAGAUCGACAUGUUCUUCUCUUUCAUAACCAUGGUAACUGCAAAUCUUACCAUCCUUGCCAUAGCUGUGGAUCGAAUGUUCGCUGUGUACGUUCCACUCAAAAAAAUCAUUACCCGAAGAAUCUGUUUUAUAAUCAUACUUCUAACAUGGUUAAUACCCGCGAUUUUCGCUUCACCCAUGCUGUACUACGGUGACUUAGUGAUUAGAGGCGGUGUCACCUCCUGUAAUCUCAAAGAUAGAAUGGUUUUGAAAACGUGGUACAUGGUUUUGGCGGGAAUUUUGGCCACAACGCUUGUCACCAUUCUGGCGUUGUACACAGCCAUUGGAUUCAAGCUCUCGGGUCGAAAAUUUCCUGGCAAUGCAAGUCAAAGAAAUCGCGAGCGCAGAUUGAAAAGAAAUCGCGAUAUUUUCAAGAUGCUCAUCACUUUAAUCGUCGUGUUUUACAUCUGUUCUUUACCGAUUCUUAGUUUACAUGUGUCUUUUCUUCUUGAUUUCUAUGAAUUGUUUAGAAUAAACCAUAUCAGGUUUACUGCAUUAUUUUUGUAUUUCUCCAACGGUGCCAUAAAUCCCAUCAUUUACCUCAUUUUCAACGAGAGCUUUCGUGAUGGGAUCAAGGCGGCUCUGCUGCAAUGCAAAUGCUCUAGGGGUUUUGUUUACUCUGUGGAAACUGAGGCUGCAGCAAGGAAGAGGAGCACAGAUGAUGGAAAUGAUGGACUAAGAUCCUCGACUCAGUUGUAAAAGUAGAAUCAGAGGAGCAAGUAAUUCCUAACUCAAGCUUGAGCGGUGACUUCUGUGGUAAACUUGUCUAUAAAAACAAAUUGACCAUAUGAAUCAGGAAAGAAAUUUAACUUGUCAUCGAUACCUGUCAAUGAAGAGUCACUCUCAGUAUCAUGAUUAUCAAAGUUCGCCUCACACUUCUUACUAGAUUUGCCAUGGGAAAGCGUCGGUCACCUUAUAAAAAAAUCAAAAUAAUUUCACACCUAAACUAUCGAGACAAAGUAGUCAAGAGAGUUUCUGCCAUUUUAGGUGGCCCCAUUAAAACACAUCACCUAAUGGACUCUAUACUUAACGAGAAUUAUUCAAUUAGUUUUUUUCGUGAGGUGCAUACAAAUGAGCUGUGUAUGUGCCAUCUUCAAAACUUCAAAAUGCCAGCCAGAAAAGCUUGAAUGCCAACAACUGAUGACAAUAUACGAUAAGGAGGAGGAAAAAACCAGGAAAAGGACAAAGACUAACCAUACUUGAGAAGUUAAUUAUACACAAUCUAAACACCUCAACAAGCUCGAGCAGUAAAAAGUGUCUUUGAUUCGCAGAUGUGGUUAACUUUAUAGUAAGACGGUGAUUGUAAGACUUAUCACCUUACAUCUAUUGAUAACAAGAGUCGUUUCAACUGUCUAUGGUUUUGUUUCAAACGGCAUCCACCUGCGAUCGAUAACAUGAUCCUAAUAUCCCCUUACAAAUGCUAACGAAAAUAAAUACAUUUUCAGUAUUUUAAUGAUUCUGGUCUUUUAUACUUUUAAAAGCGGCUAGAAAUGGCUUUG